AUGUGGCAGACAGUUCUCGACGACGCACCACCACUUGAAUUCUGGCUCCUCCACCAGCUAGCCAUCCAGCUGGGCCGCCCCCAUCUUCAACUCGGCACAGUGGCCGUCCUCGCCCCCGAGCGAGUAACCGAAAAGGCGCUUGUCCGUUUCGACAAGCCAGCCGCCUGGUCCUUUCAGGGGACCGAUACGCACAUCCUCUCCCAGGUGUGCAAAGAUUCUCGUGAUGUAGUGCAGAAGCAUUGUGUCACUUUCCGGGGUAAGGAUGAUACCCCAAUCACGACCAAGGGGCCGAUCGUGUAUGCGAACAUCAAUGCUACGAUGUAUCCUCCAUUACGACCAAGGGACAGAUCGUCUACGCCCGGAUGUUGGCGAUGCGGAGAGACUGCCAGCGCCUAA